UGCACGUGCGCGCUCUUUGCUCUCUGUCGAUAUCCGCCCUGUCCGCUUCCGGCCCCGGUGUAGCGCGGCCGGAAGCGUAGGCCCCUUGAGCCGGAGGGAGCCGCCAUCAUGGGCGACAAAAUGGAUAUGUCUUUGGACGAUAUUAUCAAACUGAACCGGAGCCAACGUGGCGGAGGUGGCCGAGCUGGCGGUGGCCGAGGCCGGGGAAGAGGAGCCUCUGGUCGCGGUGGUGGUGGGGCUGGCCGAGGUGGGGCUGGCCGGGCAGGAGGUGGUGGCCCCCUGCGGAACAGGGCCGCCCUCGCCCGGGGAGGUGGCAGGAACAGGCCUGCGCCCUACAGUCGGCCUAAGCAACUCCCCGAGAAGUGGCAACAUGAUUUGUUUGAUAGUGGCUUUGGUGCUGGCGCUGGCAUGGAGACAGGAGGGAAGCUCCUUGUCUCUAAUCUGGAUUUUGGUGUGUCAGAUGCAGAUAUACAGGAGCUUUUUGCAGAGUUUGGAACAUUGAAGAAGGCAGCAGUGCACUAUGAUCGAUCUGGUCGUAGUCUAGGUACAGCAGAUGUACAUUUCGAGAGAAAGGCAGAUGCUCUGAAAGCUAUGAAACAGUACAAUGGAGUCCCCCUGGAUGGACGUCCUAUGAACAUCCAGCUGGUUACGUCACAAAUCGAUACACAGAGGAGACCAAUACAGAGUGUAAACAGAGGAGGCAUGACAAGAAACCGUGGUGGC